AUGAAGGCCUUCACUCUCCGUCUGCUCUUGUUCGCAGCCCUGAUUGCUCUGGCUGCGGCCUGGUCUAAAGAGGAUUAUGAGAUCUUCCGUAUUCACGACGAAGUCACCACCGCCGAGGGUGCCAAUGUGACUUUCUACGAUUUCCUAGGCGUCCAAUCCAACGCAAACCAAGACGAACUUAACAAGGCCUAUCGCAAGAAGUCAAAGCUCUUGCACCCCGAUAAAGUCAAGCGCACCUUCAUCGCCAACAGCUCCAAGGACAAGUCUCGGUCCAAAUCCUCCCAGUCGGGCGUCCAUGUCAACCAAGGCCCUUCCCAGCGGGAAAUUUCUGCGGCCGUGAAGGAUGCCCAUGAAAGGUAUGCCCGCCUGAACACGGUUGUGAAUAUCCUACGUGGCCCGGCCCGUGAGCGCUACGACCAUUUCCUGAAGAAUGGAUUCCCGAAGUGGAAGGGGACUGGAUACUACUAUUCGCGCCUCCGACCCGGUUUGGGCUCUGUCCUUGUUGGGCUGUUUUUGGUCUUCGGUGGUGGCGCACACUACGCCGCUCUGGUCCUUAGCUGGAAGCGUCAACGCGAGUUUGUCGAUCGGUACAUCCGUCAGGCCCGGAGAGCCGCCUGGGGCGAUGAGACGGGUGUCCGGGGCAUUCCUGGACUUGACAGCGCCCCGGCCCCUGCCCCGGCCCCGGCCCCGGAACCAGAAGCAGCCGCUAUGCCCAUGAACCGUCGCCAGAAGCGCAUGAUGGACAGGGAAAACCGCAAGGAGGGCAAGAAGGGACCCCGGGCGACUUCUCGUGCCUCGGGGACUGCAACACCCACCUCUGAGACUGUGGAACCUACUGGGGAAAGGAAGCGGGUUGUCGCGGAGAACGGAAAGGUCCUGAUUGUCGACUCGGUUGGCAACGUGUUCCUGGAGGAGGAAAAUGAAGAUGGAGAACGCCAGGAAUUCUUGCUAGACAUUGAGGAGAUUCAGCGUCCCAGAAUCAGCGACACGAUGGUGUUCCGCAUCCCGGUUUGGUUUUACCAUAAGUCUGUGGGUAGGGUGCUUGGCUCCUCUACCAUCCCAGACGACGAGGAUGUUGACGCGAGCGAGGAGUCCGAUGUUGUGGAACAGCCGGUUGAAGCCACCACCAGCUCCACGGCGACGUCGAAGGCUGGAUCCUCCAAGAGGAAAGGAAGGCGCUCCCAACGGUCCUGA